CUCUCUCUCUCUCUCUCUCUCUCUCUCUCUCUCUCUCUCGCACACACACACACACACACACACUUCCUCACACCGCACAGAUCUUCUGCUGUGGCCAGAUGAAAACCGAACGGUGCCACAAACUCCUCUCGUGCCCCUGAUCCCCGCCGACCCUCCGGGUUUCGGAUGCGGUGAUCUCAUAUCCAAACCCGGAUGUGCUUCUCCCGCGGGGAGAGAGAGAGAGAGAGAGAGAGAGAGAGACAGAGAGAGAGAGACAGAGAGAGGGAGACAGAGAGAGGGAGAGAGACAGAGAGAGAGAGACAGAGAGAGGGAGCGGCGCGGCGGGGUCGAGGGAGGCGCGGACCGACAGGACGCGGAGGCGGCUGCCCCUCGAAGUGGGGGUUUUCUUCAGGGCUCGGCAGGAAGGAGAGGAGGGGGUCACGAGCAGAGCUGGAGCGGAGGAGAAGGACAAGGGAGAUGGUGAAGUCUGCAAUCCGCGCGUCCGCUGAACAGUUCAUCACCGCAACUUCCCACCAGACCUGCUGAGGUGGAGGUGCAGCUGUAGCCGGAGGAGAUGCCGCUCCCCAAGGGGAUGCUGCUCUGUCUGGGCCUUCUGCUGAUGACUGCCGGUGGGAUCAUGGUCCUGUGCGUGGGCCUGCCCUACCAGUCCGCGCCGCUGUUUGUGGUCGGGGUGUUCCUGGGACUGGGGGGCAUGGGCCUGCUGGUCAUUGGCCUCUGCAUGGCCAUGAAGAAUCUCCAGGUGGCGGUGCCCGGACACUUCCUACUGCACCCCCGCACCGGCACACGCUUCAGCCCAGAGCAGGCGCUGGCCAUACAGAGGAGGUUGGACCGAAUCCGUCGGGAGAUGUCGGAGGACUCCGUCAGCCCGAGACCGGAGCCCGAACCCUCCCUCCCAUCCACCCCGCCGCCCUGGACUAUGGAGCCGCCUCCGUCCUACGACACGGUGAUGAAGAGCCAGGAGCACGGCGAGCGGCUGUGACCUCCGGUCGGACGUCUUUACUUUGUGCCUUUUGACUUCAGUUUGUCGGUGAGAGCCCACAACGAACAAUCGGUGCUGUCGGUGAACUCGGCCUCUUGUGUGCCUUAAAGCAGCCGCGCCGAUCCCCAGACACAAGCCAUGGAGCAAGAAGAGACUGCAGCUGGUCAGAGACUCACAAACUGUGCCACGGUGUGGUCUGCAUGUCUACUACACGCGAUUGUUGUGAAUGUGCGUGAAAAGAAUUGUAAUGAUCACCACAACUGCUUCACUCUCCACUGAGCUCCUGUCUUCAGAUGAGCAUUAUGUGCAUUUUACAACAACAUUCAAGAGCAUCGCGCCAACGGACCGGCUGCGAGCCUCCUGACGCCUCGCGACGAGUGACUUCAUGUGACCUGCUACUGUGUGCGCGCAGCACUCUUCGUCACACGCGAUCAGAACCUUCCUCAAGGCUCCUCUUUGUAUCCGCACUCUUUCCCGUCUCAACGUUGCCCACGGGUUCCUCGACAGCUUACCAUCAAUGCAAAGUGCCUUAACCAGUGACGGCAGAAUGUGUUAUUUAUCCUUCAGCUUUAUAUCCAGUAUUUUGCAUUGUGUCCACUGUUUUGAGUUGUGACGUUACUAUAAACUUGUGUUAAGGAAUGGCCA